AUGGGAUCCUUUUCGCUCGAUCCUCGAUCAAUGGAGAACGACCAAGAGCGAGUUCCGCUGGACGGAGGUUCGUGUGCCGCGCGACUGUCAAAACAGGAUCCGAGCCAGUCAGCUGCCACCUCCGAAUACCAGGGUGGUCUUUGGAGUUCGCUGCAGCAGACCGCGUCCAACGAUAAUGCGGGGAACCGCGACGAACAUGCGAAGCAGCGAGAGCCCGGCGAGCAUCACGAGGCUUUGAAACUCGCGUUCGCCAAGAAGGGCAAAGAUCGCGACCGAAGAAAAGCGAAUUCCAGCAAACGCAGAGUCACGUUCGCCGAUCAUUAA